GCGACCUCUAUUUAAACCGCAACCGGAGAGCCAAAACAGUUGCAAUCUUGAGACCAUCUCAAACACUGUUUUAUAGUGGUACUGCUCAAAGAAGAGCAAAAAAGAGUAGGCAAGGUAGCGGGCGGAUGCCAUUUCUCUACAAUCUUGUGAUGGGAAUGCUUUUGUUGGGCGCUUCCUUGACCCUGGCCUGCCUGGGCGAUAGAGAGGUGGGGCAUGGAGCCACCGGUGAUCUGUUCCCGGUGGACACUGACGAGGCCGUUGGGUUGCUGAUGGAGAAGGAGAUGGAUCACAGGCCCAACGAUGGCUAUGUGAAGAGGCUGGAGCAAGGAGGAUUCGAGUCGUCCUGGAGGAAAGAUGCCAUCGAUUGGAUUUGCAAGGUCCAUUCCAACAACAAUUUUGGACCACUAAGCCUUUGCCUCUCGGUGAACUACCUGGAUAGGUUCCUCGCCUCAUUUAAUCCCUUACAUGACAAAUCUAGCACAGAGAAAUUCAUAGCAGUUGCUUGCUUAUCUCUUGCUGUCAAGAUGGAGGAGACAAUUGCCGUUCUUCCUAUAGACUUUCAGGUCAACGAGGAGGUUUUCGAUGCGAAUUAUGAGUUUGGAUCUAAGAAUAUUAAGAUGAUGGAACUUCUUGUGUUGGACACCUUGAAAUGGAGGAUGCGAGCUGUAACCCCAUUCUCUUUCAUGCGCUACUUCCUGGACAAGUUCAAUGAAGGAAAGGCACCAACUUAUACAAUUGCCUCACGGUGCGCCGAGCUCAUAGUUAACACUGUGAAAGACUCUAGGUUCGUGUCAUUCAGACCUUCUGAGAUUGCUGCAACGAUGGUGCUAUCUACGCUUGCAGAGAAUCAUGCUACCCGUUUCAACAAUGCCCUUGCAGCGUCUGAAAUCCCAGUGAAUAAGGAUAUGAUUGUGAGAUGCUAUGAGCUGAUGUGGAUGAAUAGGGGGAACCAAAGUCCACAUAGCCCAAUCGAUGUGCUCGAUGCGGCAUGCUUCAGCUCUAGGAGUGACGGCACGCCACUAGGAUCAUCGCAGUCAAACAACAAUGGUAGCAACAACGAUCAGGACUCUACUCUAGCUUCCAAGAGAAGAAGGCUCGGCACAACACCAUCCUGAUGCACCUUACAUAUAUAGCUUGGCAUUGCUCUUUGCUUGUUUGCUCAAAUAUCAUGUUACCAAAAUCCCGUCAAACAUCGGGGGUGGCAAGUUGUGAUGCAUAAAUAGUUAAUAAAAUAAGCAUUAUGGAAAUUAGAAAGUGUGCAGUAAUAAGCUAA